ACGGCUUCUCCGGGAACAGAAUUCCGUAGCUUCAGAUGCCGAAGAUCGAUAAAACGAAGACGAUCCCCGCUCGGCAAAGCUUGUCCAUUCACGUCUAAUUCAGCUUCAAAAUCACCACUCAACCAGAUUCCCCAGAAGAAAGAGAAGGAAGAGAAAAAAAAGAUGAUCGCAGGUCUCGCUCACGUCAAUCUCCUCGUGCCGCCCGGCACCUUGGAAGAAGCCAAUCUUUUCUAUACCGGCACGUUGGGAUUAACGGCGGUGCCAGUGCCUCCGCUGCAGAGAGAAACUACGGCCUGGUUCAACAUUGCCGAUGGAGGGCAACAAAUCCACAUCGCGUUCGGAGAUAACGAGCCCGACUCGUCGCGGCAUCCGUGCUUCCGAGUCGGAUCUCUCGAGGAGCUACAUGCGCUGAAGCAGCGUAUCUACGAACACCAUGUACGUGGUGGAAAAGCAGCCCCGAUGGCAGCGGAUAAGCCGGGAGGGGAUAUAUCAGGCGAAAUGGGUGUGGAAUAUCCGACGCGAUUCUUUGCGAGGGACUAUGCAGGAAACCGGCUGGAGUUUAGCUUAUGAACCCUCCAAUGAAAUUAAAGGGGCUACAACGUGACGAAAAUGAAUCAUUUAGGUUAUGCAUAGGGCUGUGGUCUUGUGGUGAUGGUGAUGGCGUUUUGAUCAGGGUACGUAUACGAGCCGAUGGGAAAUUGAGCAGGAC